AUUCCAUAGAGUAUUUUGGACAUUUAAACCUUGUAUCGAUGGGUUCAAAUACUGCAAACCCAUUGUUCAAGUUGAUGGCACAUUCUUGUAUGGCAAAUACAAAGGAACUCUCCUUGUGGUCGUGGCUCAAGACGGUAACAACAAAAUCUUUCCAAUUGCCUUUGCAAUUGUUGAGGGUGAAACAGCAGAGGCAUGAUUUUUCUUUCUACAUUAUCUCAAAAGACAUGUUUGCCCUCAAGAUGGCCUUUGCUUAAUUUCGGACAGGCACGAGUCUAUCAAAAAUGCCUACGCUAGACAAGGCAGUGGUUGGACACCUGAGAAUUCAGUGCAUGUAUUCUGUAUUCGCCAUAUAGCUCAAAACUUCAUGAGGCAUUUCAAGAAUACAGAACGGAAAAAAUUAAUCAUCAAUAUGGCUUAUGGGAUGACUGAGCCAAGAUUCAAUUACUACUACAACACGCUAAGGAGCGAACCAGAAACCGAAGGUGUAAUUGAAUGGCUCAACACCAUACCAAAAGAACAAUGGACUCUUGCAUGGGAUGGUGGCCGACGAUGGGGACACAUGACUACUAACUUGGCUGAGGCAAUUAACUCCAUUCUUAAAAAAACAAGAAAUUUGCCAAUUUCUGCAAUCAUCAUGUCGACUUAUAAGAGAUGUAAUGCCUUAUUCAUCCAAAAGGGGAAGGAAGUCGAUGCUAAACUUAGGGCUGACCAAGUUUAUACGGAAAUAAUGAAUAGGGCCAUGAGAGAUGUAGAAUCAAAAGCUAAUACUCAUCAUGUCCUCGAAUUUGAUCGUCACAGUACACGUUUUUUGGUGCAAGAGACCAUUAACCCAAGGGAAACACGACCUACUGGAACUUUCACGGUUAGACUACAUGACAAUUGA